AUGGAUUCAGCAGGCCUUUCCAGUAAUUGGAAAAAACUGCAAGCAACACUGAAGAAGAAAACAUCUACGGAGACCGCAGCCCCAACCUCCAAACGCAAGGCUUCGGAUCGCGACUCGGGACAGGCGCCCGCGAAGAAGCGCAAAUCGAGGAUGGCUGAUGGACCAGAUGGACUGAAUGACUCGCCGACGGGCGUGACGUUACGGCGGAAAUCCAGUGCUGGUGAAUCUUCUGUCACGAAAACUGAGCCUCUCAGUAGCAAGGUCAACGAGGGCCUGUCAAAAACUGCGGAAAUCGGAAAAUACAUUGCCAUGGAUUGCGAAAUGGUCGGUGUUGGACCCAACCCAGAUAACGAUUCCGUUCUCGCGCGCGUCAGUAUUGUCAAUUUCAACGGUGACCAGGUUUACGAUUCCUAUGUACGCCCUAAGGAGGAGGUCACCGACUGGAGGACACACGUUAGUGGCAUUGCGCCCAAGCACAUGGUGGAAGCGCGCACUCUGGAAGCCGUUCAGAAAGACGUGGCUGAGAUCAUGGACGGCCGCAUUCUGGUUGGACAUGCGGUGAGCAAUGACCUAGAUGCCCUACUCUUACCCCAUCCCAAGAGAGAUAUCCGAGAUACAAGCAAACACCCUGCAUACCGGAAGAUUGCUGGUGGAGGAUCACCACGGUUGAAGAUGCCAGCCGAGCACUUCCUUGGCUGGAAAAUCCAACAAGGAGCGCAUUCUAGUGUGGAAGAUGCUCGGGCGACAAUGAUGCUCUACCAACGAGAAAAGGAUGCAUUCGAGAAGGAGCAUUUGAAGAAGUGGCCAGUGCGGGUUCCUGUUGAAAAAGUUGAAGGCGACCAGCAGAAGAAAAAACCAAAGAAGAAGAAGAAGACCACUCGCAAGCGGUAA